CUUCUCGCAUUCGCCAUCCGUACAGCUCAGGGAUCAUCGUGAUGCUGUUGGAUUUGUACUAUCUUCCCGGGUCUGCACCUUGCCGGGCGGUACAAAUGGUAGCCGAGGCAGUAGAUGUACCGCUAAACCUGCACCAUCUCGAUCUAAUGGCCGGUGCACAUCGGUCGGCGACGUACACUAAGCUGAACCCACAGCAAACGAUACCGACGCUUGUCGAUCGGACGGUAGUGCUGUGCGAGUCGCGUGCUGCUCUGAUAUACCUGUGCGAUCGGUACGCCAAGGCUGGGAGCGAUUGGUACCCUUUGGACAUUGUCCAGCGAGCUGCCAUCAAUCAACGGCUGUUUUUUGACGCGUGUGUUUUGUAUCCACGCUUUACGGACUUCUAUCACCCCCAAGUGUUUGGGAAUGCGGCGCCGGACGUGAAGAAACGAGUGGCGUUCGAGCGAUCGGUGGAGCUGCUAAACAUCUUCCUGAAAGAGCACGCGUUUGUGGCAGGAUCGUCGAUGACGAUCGCUGAUAUAAGUAUUUUUGCAACGUUGACUACGGCCUGUGUGUUGGGUUUCGAGCUAAAACCGUACGCGUGUGUUUAUAGAUGGUACCAGGCUAUGAUGAAGUCGUGCCCGGGAGCAAAGAAAAACUUGGAAGGUGCGAAGGAAUUUUUAAAGUACAAAUAAAAUGUAGAUAAAAGGU